AUGGGAUUGUUGGCCCUUUUCCAAAUCAAUAGAUUUAUGAUUAAAAGGUACACAGGUUAUGGGGUGAAGCUUUCCGUGAGAUAUCAACUUUCCGAAAAUAUUAGAACAAUCAGAGUUUUCCUUCCAAUGAUUACUAGUGACAGUUUCAUAUCAUUAGUUGACAUUGUCUACCAUUACUUAAACCUUGAUUACGUCUUCGAGCCCGAGCGCUGUCAGCAAGAUCCUCUCUACUUACGCCUAUAUGUUGUUAUCGUUGGAAUUGCCUCUGCAAUAGAACUGGUUGGAGCAACAUCAGUAACAUUUAUGUAUCCGAGCAUAAAACUUCCUUGCAGAAGAAAAAAGAAUUUAGAGUCUGUUCCAGUGAUUAAUGUGCUAGGAUCAGAUUUGAUGGUUAAGCAGAAAGAGCGUAAUCACUUCGUCGACCUGGACAAAUUGUGGGAGUUGAGGACACGGUUCGGACCUAUAGCCGUCAUACAAUAG